GCACAGGUCUCUCCAUCAUGUUCUGAAAUUAUCGUCCAUAUCUGAAGGACGUUUUGCUCAUUGCAUUUUUAUUCCAACCAAUAAGCGAGAAAACAACCACACAUAUAGCCUAUUGUUGAGCAAACCGAAUAUGUAUAUAAGAAAAUAAAAUUAAAACGCUAAAAUGGUAUGAGAUCCUCAUAGAAAUCAUUUGUAUGAUCAAACUUGUAAUUUCUACCUGAAAUAGAUUGGGUUUUCAUUUGCCCGUGUAUUAUCAAUAUGUACUUCCCCGUAAUCUGACACAGUUUCGUAAUAAAGGUCAUAUUCGGUACUAAUCUCUGUCUAUCACGUAUGUCUACAAUAAUCAAUAUGUACACACUGACGUCAUAGCAUACGAAUCCGUGGACGCGUUUCUGAAGCUGCGCGUAUCCGUCGCGUCCUGCGCGCACGCUCUGAGCUCAAGCCCCGCCCGCCGCUAAUUCACAAAAGACUCGCCGCCGUGCCGACCCAUCCUAUUGGCUGCGUCCGGAGCCACAGGAAGCGGCACGCAGCUCGCUGAUUGGCUGUAAAUCUCUUUGUGUGCGAUGCAGCUGGCGUCCGGGCUCCGUUUUGAAUGGUCUUGUAUUGGAAGGCGAAGGUGUCCAUGGGCAGCACACCAACAAAGGAGCCAGGAUGGUGUUAGUCCACGUCGGAUAUCUGGUUCUUCCCGUCUUCGGUUCCGUAAGAAGUAGAGGAGCACAUUUUAGCAGGCACCAGCAUACUCAUGCUACCUCCUGCCGGCAUUUUCACCUGGCUGCUACAGCGACGCCCCUGCCUGCCGAGUUCCCACCCCCUCCCCUCGCCCCGCCUCAGUACCAGGAAGUCCCGCCCCCUUUCCUACCUCAGGCCUUACAGCAGCAAUACCUCAUCCAGCAACAGUUACUGCAGCGCAGACGUACACAGGAGCGAGUCCCGCUGAACACGCUCAGGUUACGCCCAGGAUAUGAAUAUGUCCCGCCUCUUCACGUACCACAGCCAAUCCCACAGCAGCCCAGAUAUCUGGCGGAAGGCACAGACUGGGAUCUGAGUGUGGAUGCGGGUAUUCCUCAUCAGUACCCGCUGCAGCAGAUUCCUCAGCCGUACCAGCAUUACCUGGCAUCUCCCAGAAUGCAUCACAUCCCCAGGAGCAACGGAUCCACUCAUGUGGUUGUUCAUGAGAUAAGGAACUAUCCGUAUCCACAGCUCCACCUGCUGGCGCUCCAGAGCUUGAGUCCCGGUCGACACUCUUCUGCUGUUCGAGAGAGCUACGAGGAACUGCUGCAGUUAGAAGAUCGAUUGGGAAGCGUGAGUCGAGGGGCCGUGCAGACCACCAUAGAGAGAUUCACCUUCCCUCACAAAUACAAGAAGGUAAACACACACACACACACACACACACACACACACACACACACACAACCCUUUAACAACAACAAUGGCAGUAUCAUUCUAAAGCCCUAUUUGCACAGGAUUAUUAUAACCUGGGACAUCUAGUCAUUUGUAGUAAUUGUGGAGGUUGUCUGUCUGUUGUCUGUUUUGGCCGGGAGUCUCCCGUUUUGUUAUUUCUCCCAUAACAUGAUCGCGAACAGAGAGAGGGAAAUCCCAGAACGCGAUCGCGGGUCUCAAUAUCGCCAUACACCUUACAACUAUAUACACAAACUAUACGCAAAGCCUCGCCAUCAUAUCCGGCAAAUACGUCCGUAAAUUUUAGUAAAAUCACAGGCUUUACUUAUCCCGUGCGAAUGCGCCACAAGAAAUACAGAUGUGUGGAGGUCAUUUCUAAAUCACACGAGGUCCCCAGGCUAACCCGGAAGUGAGCGCCGCUCUGGUUCCCUUGACUGAAAGCCUAUGCAUUUUUCCCAUCGACUUUUGGAAGAUUGCAUAAAAUAAGCUCUGUGAUUAACAAAGGUUUAUGAUGUUUACACGUUUUGUCUGUCAAGAUAAUCUUUACAAAUUACCACAUUUGUUACUUUUUAAGCCGAAAUACAAUCGUCAGAAGUAAAAAGCUAACACGAUGCUAUCAACAGACUACACUUAAGGUCGCUCGAUAUCAACGUCACCACCACCAAGCCUCCGCAACUCUUU